AUGGGGUUUCUUCUUUGGGCUACCUCCACCACCCUUAUUGCCUCUCAGACCAUUGUCAAAUCUUUACCAGGCUAUCCUGGUCCCCUUCCUUUCAAACUAGAAACUGGGUACAUCGGAGUAGGAGAAGAUGAAGCUGUACAACUGUUUUACUAUUUUGUGGAAUCAGAAGGGAACCCAGAUGAAGAUCCACUCAUUAUUUGGCUUGCCGGAGGACCUGGUUGUGGCACUCUUCGUGCCUUCUUUUAUGAAAUCGGUCCGAUGCAGAUUCGGUAUGGGAAUUAUAUGGAUAACGUACCAGCUUUACAAUUGGACCCUAAUUCUUGGACGAAGUGUAGUKAAGUUGAUACCUUGUGUUUACCUUAUUACAAUAAWAUCCUUUAUGGGGAUUUAAAGGUGGCAAAUGUGAUAUAUUUGGAUGCACCUACGUUAACCGGAUAUUCAUACACAAAAAAUUCCGAAGCCAUUGUUUCUAGCGAUACAUCAUCAGCAGAACAAACCGCAGAAUUUCUAAGAAAGUUUGUUAAAAACCAUCCAAGGUUUUUAAAGAAUCCUAUGUAUGUUACUGGAAUUUCGUAUUCGGGGAUUAUUAUUCCGAUCAUUACCGAGGAAUUGUAUAAAGGUAAUGAAGAAGGACUAGAGCCAGUUGUAAAUAUCCAAGGAUAYAUGGGGGGAAAUCCACUGACGGAUAAAACUGGUGAUAUAAACUCUAGGCUUGAAUAUGCUUAUCGUGUGGCACUCAUAUCUCGAGAAUUGUACGAGGCAACACAAAACGAUUGUCAAGGAGAUUAUGCAGAAGCCAAUUCAAACGAAUUGCUAUGCAUGUCACGUAUUGAUGAAGUUAACAAACGUGUUGGAGACAUCAACAUUCAACAAAUUCUGGAUCCAGAUUGCGAUCCAGCGACCAAUUUGGUUAGAAGUGGGUGA